CAACACUAGUGUUCACAAGAUGCCGCUUGUAUGUCACGUGACAUCAUGUCCGGGCGGCUGAGUAAGCGAAGCUUCAUGACGUUGACACUUACGAAGCAGAGCUUGAUAUCAGUAUAUUCCGUCCAUCUUGUAACCAUUGCUCCUUUACGCUUGACCUCUUCUAAGUAAAAGCGAAAUUAUCAUAGACAGGAUUGCUAAAUGGCUAAUCUUAUCCGACUUCCAAAGUCGGGCAGCGAUUGGACCACCUACGACUUGAUGGCAUACAAUAUCACCGUUAAAACCCAGUCAUUUCGAGAAUUCUUCCUUCGAAACUCUGAAGCAUCAUUGGCAAACUUAGACCCCUCCCUCGUUAACUCCACUAUUGGUGCAGAAUCGGGUCUCCCAGACCGCACUGUCCGAUAUCUCUCACGCCUUGACUGGGCCACCUAUGGCGGUCAAGAAUGCUUCAUGGACGACUUCUAUUAUGAGACCCUCCUCUUAUUGGGUUUUGAAGAACGGAACGCAAUAGUCUGUGGUCGCCACAUUAUCCCGUUGACAAUCUGUGGCGAUCAUCGCCAAACUGCACAAAUGGAUGCCUGUUUACUCAAUCGACAAUCGAUGGUCUUGCUUGUUUUGCAAGGUGACAAAACAAUGUUUGGUUCAACUCACCCUGAACCACAAGUCAUCGCAAAGGCAAUUGCUGCGUACCAGUACAAUAACGAGCAACGGCAGACCAGAGAACUCCCACUCCUUGAUGCCAUGACUAUUCCAUGCAUCACUAUGGAUGGUACACGACCAACCUUCUACUUGGUUCCUGUCACCGAAGCGCUUAGCAAUGCAGUUGUGACUGGCCAGUACCCCAAAGCUCCAACUGAGGUUGUGAAGUGCGUCACUUCCUUGCGGCACAAUUACCAAUCCGAUGGAGGCAUGGAGACCCCAGCAUAUAGGCAGCUUGCUUUUCGGCGAUUUCUUGCCUUCAAAGACCUCGCAAAGGGCUAUUCACAGACAUACAUUUUCUGAUUGACAUUGCAACUCUUGGUUCCCAAAAGCUGUGAGCUAGGUGAGGAGGUGGCAUUGUCAUGCUUUCGGUUCUGCUACUCUUCAUGGUACGAUGUCUCCACCUUGGGCGGCCAUACAGGAAGUGUCAGCGUCCUGUGAGCAGUACGCGCAAAGCGGUCAUGAGAUCUUUCCCGGUGACCAUGCAACUUCGUACACUUGUCGUAUAAUUUCCGGCUUUUCUCAAACACGAUGUUUCUUUGAGCUUUCAUAACAAAUGUACAGCAAGUCUGAGUGUAGUCGGGCUCUCGCGGUGUCAAUCGGAUUCAGAGCCGACCCCACCCAUGUAAAGGACUAUUUGACGCUUCGGGUUAUUACCACUGGGAUCUUUUUUUAGCUAGUUGAAAUGAGCAGCAACAUGCACAGAGGUCUGUUGGACGGCUCACACUGACAUGGGCAUGAGUAUUUG